GAACAGACUUGAACAUGGCUGAUCAACCGACAAAACAAAAGCUAUGGGGUGGGCGGUUCACGGGAAAGACAGAUCCUCUUAUGCACGCGUUCAAUGAGUCUCUGAGCUACGACAAGCGCAUGCAUGCCGCCGAUAUCAAGGGCUCCAUUGCAUAUGCCAAGUCUCUGACUCUCAUUGGCAUCUUGACGAAAGAUGAGGAAGCGAAAAUUGUUGAAGGUCUCAAGAAAGUUGGCCAGGAAUGGGAGAACGGCACUUUUGAGGUGAAACCUGAUGAUGAAGACAUUCACACCGCGAAUGAGAGGCGAUUGAGCGAGUUGAUUGGUCCUCUCGGCGGCAAGUUGCACACGGGACGUUCUCGCAAUGACCAAGUGGCCACGGAUAUGCGCAUCUGGCUCCUUGAUCAAGUGCAGGACAUCACACAGUCUCUGAAGGCAUUCAUUCGCGUCAUGGUAGAACGCGCGGAUAAGGAGAAAGAUUAUCUUCUCCCUGGAUAUACUCACCUGCAACGCGGCCAACCCAUCAGAUGGUCACACCUGCUCCUAUCACACGCCUUCUCCUUCCAUGCAGACUAUCAGCGCCUCCAGCAGCUGAUUCCCCACAUCUCCGUCCUGCCCCUAGGUUCUGGUGCCUUGGCAGGCAACCCUUUCGCUGUCGACCGCGAGUUCCUCGCCAAGGAGUUGGGAUUCCAGUUUCUUGCUGAGAAUAGUCUGUACGGUGUCGGUGACCGCGACUUCAUCGCAGAGUUCAUGAUGUGGGCGAGCCUGACAAUGGUGCACCUGAGUCGGAUGGCUGAAGAUUUGAUCAUCUACUCUACCGCUGAGUUUGGAUUUGUCACGCUCAGUGAUGCGUAUAGCACUGGAUCGAGUAUCAUGCCUCAAAAGAAGAAUCCUGAUUCCUUGGAACUUCUCCGGGGCAAAUCAGGGAGGGUAUUCGGCAAUAUGUCAGGUUUCUUGAUGACGUUGAAAGGCUUGCCUUCCACGUACAACAAGGAUCUUCAAGAGGACAAGGAGCCCUUAUUCGACUCCGUUGCCACUAUCUCGGCAUGCCUAAAAAUCUCAGAAGGUGUCAUCUCCACUAUGGAGGUGCACGGGGACAAGAUGCGCAAAGCGCUGACCAUGGACGUCCUUGCUACGGAUCUCGCGGACUAUCUGGUCCGCAAGGGAAUACCGUUCCGGGAGACCCACCAUAUCUCUGGGCGAGCCGUGGCCUUGGCUGAAGCCCGAAAAUGUCAACUGAACGAGCUCUCACUCCAAGACUACAAGAGCCUCAAUGAGAAGUUCGAAGAGGAUGUUCACCAAGUAUUCGACUUUGAGGCGAGUGUAGAGCGGCGACAAGCCAUCGGGGGACCUAGUAGAAAGAUGUUGGAGAGGCAGAUUUCGGUCUUGAGGAAUGCUUUGGAAAACUAAACUGCGCCUUUGUCCUGCCGUAGUCGUUGCACAGUUCAUGGCUAUGUUUCAAUCUUAAUUCCAACCGAAACAACGAAGGCUUCAGCCACCCCGCCCU